AGCUAAUAACUAGAAGCUUUGAAAUAUGCACCAUCAAACACAAUUUUAGAGAAACACCGUUCAUCAUACGACACACUCCGCCACUCUGCGUCUCUCUGUCAUGGCAAUUGCAGCUGCUUCUUCUCUUCCCUUGGGUCAUUCGCAUUGCCACUCAUGCCACACAGAAGGAGUUUGUUGUUCGACAAGACAUGGGAUCUCAAGCAGUUGGAUGAAACCUCCUUUUGAUGGUCGAAGAUACCCUGAUCCUCUGGGUGUAAGUUUGAAGUGCAGGAAUCCGUUAGUUGGACCAACACAAUUCCACUGGCUGUCUAUUGGACAUGGUCUUUGCCUUUCCAAAGUUUCGGUUGCUGCGGAUUUCUCAGAUUCUGCUCCUGAAUCUUCUAGUUAUAUGACUAACCAGGGUUAUCAUCCUCUUGAGGAGUUGAAAGCGUGCAAAAUGGUCCGAGACACUAAACUCACCUCUGCUGAAAUAGCAAGAACAACAGUCGAGGCUAACGACAGUGCUUUGCUGGUUUUCCCUGGGAAGAUACACUCUGAACCACAUGAACAAAUUUCUUGGGCUGAGUUUCAAUAUGUUAUCGACGAUUAUGGAGAUUUAUAUUUUGAACUGUUUGAUGAUGCGAACAUAUUAGAAGAUCCUACAGCAAGUAACCCUGUGAAUGCUUUGUUUGGAAUGGAUAUCCCUACACACAACAAUGGAAGAAUAGCUGGAGGAUUCAGCAUUCUAGAUGACCAGAACAGUGACGAUAUUCCUUUUGAUGAUCAUUAUCUAGAGGUUGUACAAUCUGAAGCUUUUGAUGUUCUGGACUGGGAGAUACCUGAUGCUUCUACCUUGAUUCAUCCCAUUUAUUUUGCAAAGUGCUUAACAAAGGCCAUCAAUAUCAGACAUGACCGGAAAAUGGAUCACCCAUCAAAUGGUGUUUCUAUUUUAGGAUGCCUCAUACCUGCAUUUGCUGAUGAAGAAUUUUAUGUAAGAAGACUAUUUCAUUAUGAGGAUAGUGACUAUUACAACUCGGAUGAGAAAGAUGGAAAAGGAGUGAGCAUUAGUUCCAAAAGUGACCGAAGCAAGAAUUGCUUAGCACUCUACCGGUUGGAGAUAAUGAGAAUAGAGUUGUUCUCAGUAUAUGGUGUUCAGUCCAAAAAGAUGUUGCCUGUGUUUUAUGCUGGCUAA